GGUAACGAAGAAAACUUUUCCUUUAUAUCUCACUCUCUUCACAAUCACAUUUCAAACCUCACUUUCCAUAUCUCUCUUCUUAGUUCUCACUCUCAUUCAUCUCUAUCUAGCACCACUCAGUUUUUUUCUUAAAGCUAUUUGUGAACAUAGCACAUCAAGUUUAUGUAUAAUAUUAUUAUAUAAUAUACUAUAUGUAUAGAACUAGUUAAUUAGUCAUGAAGCUUCAUAAACAUAUUUUUCUCUUCUUGUUUCUCUUUAUUAGUUUAAUUUCAAGUUCCCAAGCCUAUACAUUUUAUGCUGGUGGAAAAGAUGGGUGGGUUUUGAACCCGUAUGAAAAUUACAAUCAAUGGUCAGGGAAGAAUAGGUUCCAAGUCAAUGAUAUUCUUGUUUUUAAGUACAAGAAGGACUCAAAUUCAGUGUUGGUUGUGAACAAGGAGGAUUAUGAUAAGUGCAACAAGAAGAAUCCAAUCAAAAAAUUUGAGGAUGGUGACUCUAAGUUUCAAUUUGAUAGAUCUGGUCCUUUUUACUUCAUUAGUGGAAAAGAUGAUAAUUGUGAAAAGGGUCAGAAAAUUAUUGUUGUGGUGAUGGCUGUGAGAAAAAAUACUCCUUCUCCUUAUGUUCCAAUAACACCUCCAAAAACACCUUCUCCUAGUUAUAGUCCUCCCUAUGUUCCUACACCUCCAAAAACUCCUUCACCUAUUUACAAUCCUCCUAAUGUUCCUUAUACACCUCCAAAAGCUCCAUCUCCAAAUCAACCACCACCACAUGUACCAAUUACACCACCAAAAACAUCUCCUAAUUAUAGUCCUCCCAAUAUUCCUUAUACACCCCCCAAAAGUACUCCUCCUACCAAUCAACCUCCCUAUGUUCCUACACCUCCAAAAACUCCUUCUCCCAUUCACAAUCCUCCAAAAGCUCCAUCUCCCAAUCAACCACCUUAUGUACCAAUUACACCACCAAAAUCACCUUCUCCUACUUAUAGUCCUCCCAAUACUCCUUAUACACCCCCCAAAAUUACACCUCCUACUUAUGUACCAAUUACACCACCAAAAACACCUUCUCCUACUCAUAGUCCUCCCAACACUCCUUAUACACCUCCAAAAAGUACACCUCCUAAAACUCCUUCUCCCAUUUACAAUCCACCUAAUGUUCCAUACACACCCCCCAAAGCUCAUUCUCCUAGCAAUCAACCACCAUAUGCACCAAUUUCACCACCAAAAACUCCUUCUCCUAUCCACAAUCCUCCUAAUGUUCCUUACACUCCCCCAAAAACUCCUUCCCCUAGCAAUGAACCACCAUAUGUAUCAACUCCUCCAAAAGCACAUUCUCCUACUUACAAUCCUCCUAAUGUUCCUUACACUCCUCCAAAAUCUCCUUCCCCUAGUAACCAACCACCAUAUGUACCAAUUACACCUCCAAAAGCCCCUUCUCCUACUCACAGUAGUCCACCCAACACUCCUCCUACUUAUAAUCCCCCUAGUGGUCCUUAUACUCCACCAAAAGCUCCUUCCCCUAGUAAUCAACCACCAUAUGUACCAAUUACACCUCCAAAAACCCCUUCUCCUACUCACAAUAGUCCACCCAACACUCCUUCUCCUACUUAUAAUCCCCCUAAUGUUCCUUAUACUCCCCCAAAAGCUCCUUCCCCUAGCAAUCAACCACCAACUCCUCCAAAAACCCCUUCUCCUAUCUCUCAACCACCAUAUGUCCCAAUUACACCACCAAAAUCUCCUUCUCCUAUUACCAAUCCUCCUAAUAUCCCUUACACACCCUCUCCUAUUUCUCAACCUCCAUAUAUUCCAACACCUCCAAAAAAACCUUCUCCCAUUUCCCAACCGCCUUCUAUUCCUAAAACCCCUUCACCCAUUUCUCAAGCCCCUUAUAUUUCAACACCUCCAAACACUCAUUCCCCAACAUCACAACCACCUUACAUUAAUCCAACACCUCCAAACACUAAUUCCCCAAAAUCACAACCACCUUAUAUUAAUCCAACACCUCCAAAAACUCCUUCACCAUCUUCUCAAACACCUCAAGGUGCCCCUUCACCAAAUUCCCAACCUCCAUAUAUACAAACACCACCAAACACACAUUCACCAACAUCUCAACCACCUUACAUUCAAACACCACCAUCAACCUCUUCUCCAUCAUCUUCACAAUCACCCCUUCUUCCAACUCCUCCAAAAUCCUCUCAACCUCCAAUAACAGCACAAACACCCUAUCCAAAUGGAAUAGCUCCAUCUCCACUAUCUCCAUAUCCAUCCAACAACUCAACAUCACCUUCACCUCCGACCCCAUCUCCGGCGAGUUCUCCGGUAUCGACCAUUACACCAGUACCAUCUCCUUCGGGGUCCCUUCCGGCAGCUGCAACUCCAUCUCCGUCGUCCACCACCCCAGGAACAUUGUCACCGUCGUCCACCACCCCAGGAUCGCCGUCGGCAUCGAAUGAAACGACACCGGGAAAGACAGGCGGAGUGUCAUCUGCAACUCCGCCGGGGGUAUGGGCUUACGCCAUUACAAUUUUGGUCGGUGCUGCACUUACGACUAUUCUUGGAUAGAAACAUCAAACAUAUUAUUAGUAGUAUUUUUUUAACUUUUCAAUUUUCAUAAAUAUAAUUUGUGAACAUUUUUAUUUUAUUUUUAUAAAUGUUGUUGGACAUAAGAGAUAUAUUUUUCAUUUCAUAAUUAGUUUUAUGUAUAAUGUGUGUUUAAGUUUACCAAUGUGCCUUUGAGUUUUAGUCAAAAUGUGUGCCUUUUAAGGCCAGCAUAUUUAUCGUUUAGUUAGAUAUGUUAUUUAUAAUUUUAGAUUGGA